AUGGCCAAACUUGAGAGUAUUUUCGAUUUACUUAUCAAUUAUUCGGAAGAAACACCAGAAAUACAACCGACUACUCUAUUCGAUUCUCUUCCAGACGAAAUCAUUCAACUCAUUCUGACCUUUCUCCUUCCCGACUACCAUACCAUCACCCAACAACCAAAGUGGUGGAAGAAAUACUUCCACACCAACGAUCCAAAUCUAAAACAUGAACAUUUCGACCCUGGAAAUCCCGAAACUCUUCUCACACUCCUCAGUUUUGCAAGUUUAAACAAGUUUCGUUUCAGAAUUGAGUUUAAUGAAUAUUUCCAUGAAAUGUUCAAUGCCUCUUUCAAAAUCAAUGCUCUCCUCUCUACUAAAGCGAAUCCAGACUCUGGCAAUAUGACCUACCAGGGUGAUUGGGGAAAUCUAUUGAGAGAGGCAAAUUUAUUUGGAAGAUAUUAUUUGGCGAAGGAGAUUGGAUGUUUGACUCAAUUGGAAGAUGAUGAUUCGGAUGGUAGUGUGAAUUUACCUUGGGAAAUGGUUGAUAUUGGAGAGGAGGAGGAUAUUGAUGAAUAUAUGAGAAAUCAAAUGAAAUUAUUGGAAACUAGAUAUGAGGAAGAGGAGGAUUAUUUGAUUCGUUAUUUGGUUGAAAUGUUUGGAAUUAAGAGAGAAUUUCAACCCCAUUUCACAUCAACUGUUUUGGUAGAAACAAUUUCUGAUUCGAAUAAAUUGGAUAUGAGUGGGAAAUCAUUGGAAGUACAUAUAAGCUCAAAUAUAGAUUCUCAAUUUUGGACUGAAUGGGAAAGUAAAUGGUAUGAUAGAUUGAAAUCCUUUAUUUUCGCCACCAUUACAAUUGACAAAUCCUUCCCAAUUGAACCAAUUACUUUUCCUGAUAAUAUUAUUGAAUUGAAUAUUGUGACCAAAACUAAUUCCAAUCCACAAUUUAUCUUCCCAAAUGUCAGAAAACUGACCAUAACAGCAUAUGAUUCAAACUCUUUACAUUUUAUUAACAGGACAUCGUUUCCAAAACUAACUAAUCUUAAACUAACCAUUCCAAUAGAAACACGACUCAAUAAUAGAGAAAUAUUUAACGAAUUGGAUAGUCUUUGUGUUGAGUAUAAUUAUUUCGAGUAUUUAAAUGAGGAUGUUGAGGAUUUCCUGAAUUUGAAACCAAAACAUUUAUUAACUUAUCAAUAUGCACUCAAUCCAAAAAAAGAACUAAAUCAAAUUCCAAGAUUAUACAAUCAUGGUGAAUAUAAUAAUAUUAGAGUUUCACUCAGUGAUGCCACACUCGGCACUUUUUAUUCCAUGACCUAUGAAUGA